AUGACCUCGUCCCUCCCGGAAUUCCUCGUCAUCAUCCCGGACUUCGCCAAUGUCUCUCCAGAAACCCGCGCCGAAGCUCGCCCCAUCCACUUACGUGAAGUCCAGCCCUUGGUUGAUGCUAAGGUCGUCGUUAAGGGUGGAGCUCUGCUGUCCCCAAUCUCUCAACCCGGUGAGGCCCCAGCAGUCAAUGGGAGCGUGAUGAUAGUGCAGAUAGAGAACGCGGAUGCCGUGCGACAGAGACUGGAAAAUGACGUUUAUCAUAAGAAAGCCAUUUGGGACCUGGAUAAGGCACAGAUCAUCUUGAUCAAGUGUGGCUUUCGAACACCCUUGUGA